UGGGCGAAAAUGCCAAUCUUCUAAUCAUAUACUCUUUGAUUUGCGUGUGCAUCUUUUACACAUAAAAAGGUAGGAAUCAAUCGCUGGGGAAUGAGAGAGAUGAAAUUAAGAUUUUAAUGUGUAGCGAAAAAUAACAACACUAAAAACUGCGUACGCGAAUUUACACGAAUGCAUAUAUUCAUGUGCAUCGAAUUAAAUACUUAAUAAGCCAUUCAGCAUGGACGCUAAAACUCUUCCGAGUCUCCUGAGCUUGAAAGUGGCCCCUCCAUCAGAAUUACAAAAUCAGAAUGUUGACAAUGGAAUUGGAGAAGGAGACAGCGGUUCUGUUAAGCUUCCGGCUGCUUUGGAGCAAGCCUUGGCAUUUAAAACAGAGAGAGCCAAAGAAGUGGGUAGUGAUCCUGACGACGUUAUUUCUGACAGUAAAUCACCAAAAGACGAUGGCGAGGAUGCUACUCAGAUAGAAGAUACCAUAACGGAAAUAGAACAAAAAUCAGAAAAAAUAGAAUCUAAAUUGAGUAAGACAAAAAAGAAGAAAAAGUCAAAGAGGAAGAGGCGCAAUGCAGAAAAGAAGGAUGCCGAACAGAAGAAGGACAAUGUGGAGGGUGCUAAGAAUAAAGAAGAUUUGCCAGAAAUUGAGUAUAUACAAGAAAUACCGAGCAUAAAUGAUUUAGAACCAAUGUACCGUCAAUUUGCUAGGGUCUUUGAAGCAUUUAAACUGGUCGAACCGGAACCGAGUCCGAACGAUGCGGCUGACAAGGGUGAACCUAUCGGGCAGUAUCCGCCAGUAACAAAUAUACAAACCACCGGCACCGGUGUACCGAGUAAGGUGCCACUGUUGGACGAUUUCGACGACGAUGCGAAUCAGCAACAGCAACAACAGGGCACUGGUGAGAAUGGUGCUCCACGACUAUCUAAGAGAAAACUCAAAAGGCUCACACGGCUAAGCGUAGCGGAAUUGAAGCAACUGGUAGGUCGUCCAGAUGUUGUGGAGAUGCACGAUGUUACCGCGCGUGAUCCAAAACUGCUUGUGCAAUUGAAGGCGCACCGAAAUACGGUCCCGGUACCGAGACAUUGGUGCUUCAAGCGCAAGUAUCUUCAAGGCAAACGUGGUAUAGAGAAACCGCCCUUCGAUCUACCAGACUUUAUAAAACGCACCGGUAUCACGGAAAUGAGAGCGAGUCUGCAAGAACGCGACGAUACGCGUACACUGAAAGCGAAGAUGCGGGAGCGAGCGAGACCCAAGUUGGGUAAGAUCGACAUCGAUUAUCAGAAGCUGCACGACGCCUUCUUCAAGUGGCAAACAAAACCGCGCAUGACGAUUCACGGCGAUCUCUAUUACGAGGGUAAAGAAUUUGAGACGCGUUUGAAGGAGAAGAAACCGGGAGAGUUGUCGGACGAGUUGCGCACAGCGCUGGGCAUGCCAGUCGGACCGAAUUGCCAAAAAGUACCACCGCCGUGGCUUAUAGCUAUGCAACGUUACGGCCCGCCACCGAGUUAUCCGAACCUCAAGAUACCCGGUUUAAACGCGCCCAUUCCAGAGGGUUGCGCCUUCGGUUAUCACGCGGGUGGAUGGGGGAAACCGCCGGUGGAUGAAACCGGUAGACCGCUUUACGGAGACGUGUUUGGCGUGUCUCGCACAUCCGGUGCGGAUGCGAUGGAUGAGGAGAUAGAUCGGGGAAUGUGGGGCGAACCGGAAUCGGAGUCGUCGGGCGAUGAGGAUGAGGAUGAGGACGCCGAAGAGGGCGGCGAGGGUGGCGAGGGCGAAGGAAAGGAUGGAGAUGACGACGCCAGCGGAUUGGUCACGCCCGGCGCCGAAGGCUUGAUCACGCCAAGCGGCAUCACGUCGAUCCCGGCGGGUCUGGAGACCCCAGAGACUAUCGAGCUGCGGAAGAAAAAGAUUGAAAGCGAGAUGGAAGGCGGCGAUACGCCCGCAUUGUACACGGUACUGCAGGAACGCCGUACGGAUGGUUUGGGUGCCAGUAUGAUGGGCAGCACGCACGUGUAUGAUAUGACGGGUGCAGCCGGUGGCCAGGCGCCACCGUCUGUAAUCGCUGCGCGUCGCGGCGGAAUCAGCGGUAGCACAAGCGAUGCUCGUGCGGAGAAGGACGGGGCGGUGGAGCUGACGCUUGAUCCCAGCGAACUGGACCUCGACUCCGAAGCGAUGGCGUCCAGGUACGAGGAGACGAUGAGAUCGAGACAAGCGCAUCUUAGGAGAGAAGAUCUAUCGGAUAUGCUGCAAGAUCAUGUACAACGGCAAAAGAGCAAACGCAAACGUCAGCAAAUCCAGGACACGAAAACAUCCAAGAAAUAUAAAGAGUUUAAAUUUUAAACAUUCUAUUAUUUUCCCGCGUGAUUAUGUAUUAUAUUAUAUAGAUAUGAAAUUGUUUGAGGUAGCAUAAGAUUCGAUUUAAUGUAUUGCACCACUUUAACGAGAUCACAAAACACUGUUUAAUAGUGAUUACAAUUUUGUAUUUCAUGUUUGCCAAGCUAUAUGGUUGGACGAUAAUAAAUCGAAUCAGCCGUGUAUAUUUACGACAUACACAUUGACGACAGUAAUGGAUUAAUGAUAAUAUAUUAGGAGCUGAAUAUUUUUCAAAAUAAAUAUAAUUAUAUCCAUUUUUUAUGUAAUACAAACAGGAACGACUACAAUGUUGUGUAGAAAAUGCAAUUUUUUAUCAGAUACAACACACAGAUGUAUUUGUUCAAUUUUUUAAUUAUACAUUUCAUUAUAGUAACAGUGGCAACAAUACAUGGCACCAAAUAUGGAUAGUUGAUUCACACACAAUUCAUUAAUGUAAUGCACUGUCGUACUUCAAGGUUUCUUGUAUUGAAUUUUAUAUUGCAAUCUAUAAUAUAUUCUCAAAACAAUCGUCUAUAAACAGGUGGAUGUUUAAAAUGCACGAUUAAAACAACCCACUCAAACUUUGGUCCAACAAAAGUAAAUCGAUCCGGAAUCGUUUUAAAUCCAAUUCCAUAAGUGGAUAUGAAAGACAUCGCAACAGUACAAAAAGACAAGGAAGAGAAAGAGCGAUAAUAAACUUACUGAUAGCGCUACCGAUGUCGAGCCAACUGCCGUACGGCGUGACACAAUGCAUUAAAGUGAAUAGCUCGCGCAUCCGACUAGUAUCAAGGGAAUGCUAAGUUUGAAAAGUAUUAAAGAUGUCAUUAAAAAUGGAGAAAAAACAGUAACAAAGUGACGCGUCCAAGAUGGAUCAAACGAACUGAUGCUCGCCAUAUUACCUGUGCCGAAGAAACACAAUAGUAUGUACAACAUCUAUAAUAAGAUGUUAAGGAUAUGUAUAAAUGAUAAUAGAUGUGCCUCAUAUGAAUUAAAAGAAUAUCGUUAAAAAAUUAAAGAUAACAGGUAAAUUUUAGUUUGUUUUCCUAGAAAGAGUCUAAAUAAUAUACAAGAUUCCUUAGUUACAAUAUUAAUUUAAUAAUCUAUAUUUUUCUCAUUUGUCUAAUUAAUUAAAAAUAUCUGAUAUAAAUAUCACCAACUCUUCAUGGAAAUUCUUGUGUAACAAUAAAAAAAUCUUUUUAAAA